UGAGGUCUGUCUGGUUCUGUUUCCCUCUCGUCUGAUGUGCGUGCGAUGAGCAGACAGCUGGAUCUAAUCUGCAGCAUCUGUCUACAAACAUGGAGCUUGUUUGCGUUUGUAAGAGUUGUAUAUGAGUCACGGUGACUCUUCAUGCUCACAGGAAGCAGUGAUCUGACCCCGUGAUGUGCAAGUGACCUGCAAGGCUCAUUCAUACCUUCUGCUACAUCUCAAAAGUGCAAGUGUGAUGAUGCCUACAUAAUAGCAGGCUGUUGUCAAAUGUGAUCUUCAUGUGUCAGAUAAUUCUGACAGUCCAGACGAGAUGGAGCGCGUGAGCAGGAAUAAAGUGGAACAUGGGAGACAGACUCACCAGGUCUUACAGAGCACUCCUUUAGACCUGAUUGAGACAGGCAAGUCCCUGAAAGUCCAGGCAGAGCGCCCCCACCUGGUUAGUUUGGGAAGUGGACGCUUGAGCACAGCCAUCACCUUGCUACCACUGCUGGAAGGGAGAACCACGCUGGGCAGUGAGGGGACAGAUAUCCCUCUGCAGGGCCAUGGCAUCGCAGCUCAGCACUGCUACAUUGAAAACCAAGCAGGCAGCAUCACCUUGUACCCAUGUGGAAACCAGUGCUCUGUAGAUGGCCUUCCCAUCACCAAACCCUAUCGCCUGACACAAGGGUGCAUGCUGUGUUUUGGUCAGUCAGUCUUUUUCCGCUUCAACCAUCCAGAGGAGGCCCUGCGGAUGAAGAGCAUGCUACCUGGAGGGAGCCAAGGACUUAGUACCACAAGAACUCAUCCUACAGACUCUCACAGUGUCCUGAACGGGAACCAUCAGUCUUUUUCGAGCAACGGUGACUCCAAAAUCAACAACCUAGCAAAGAACUUCCAGGACUCCUUGGUGUUGAAGGUUGGAUCUGGUAAACAGCCUAUUCAUCAGCCCUCUCCUCCAAACAUGCUCAAUGGGAGAAACAGCUCCAUGACAGAGGACUCCAUUUAUGAAAACAGCAGCAGCUUUCUGGGCCAGAACCUCGGCAGCAAAACCCCUCCAGUACCUGUGCGGUCUACUCAUACCGAACACUCUCCUGUCCCCCAUCCACGGACCUCAGUGUCUGUGGCCUCAAGCGGUACCACUGGUGGUCAAAGGGCCCAGGAGAGCCCAAAGCUUCGUAGGAACGUAAGAGCAGAUGCCACGUCAGGACAGGAAAAAUCUAACCUUAGUCACAAACCAUGCCCUGUCAAAUUUUCCCCAACAACUCCAUCCAGCCCUCGAGUAAGAGGUUCUUCCCUACAGAAGAGAUCCCCCAGUCCUAUGCGAGAGCAGCACCUCUCUCAUGUAGAAGCCCCUCAAAGGCUCAGGACUCCAGAGCCGAUUGGGGCCACCAGCCUGAGAGAACAUCCUCCUCUCAGCCCUUACAUGUCCCGCAGAGGGACUCCAGGAUCGCAGGGCUCGGCUUCCUCCCUUGCUUCACAGGGCUUAACCGUCAAACCCAGCCCAGAGGGGCCCCAGGGCCAACUUAGACUCACAACUACUUCAAAAGCAGAAGCCAUAAGGGCAUUGUAUGCCCAGGGUCCAUCACCACUCUCUGGGCUGGAGAAGGAGCCUGGAGGCAGGCAGUUGAGGGCCGGCCCAGGAAGUGGCAUAAUGUCAGGCCUGGGUUCUCGGUCUGGUUCAUCUCCUCUUGCCAGCCCUCAUAGGACAAGAAAGACCUCAUGCAUGACCAUGGCAGGAUCCUCCAGCAAGGAGCAGAGUCUUAUAAAACCAUAUACCCGAGAACGCAAAAACAGCAUCUCUGAGAUCAAUGACAAUGAGGACGAGUUGCUGGAAUACCACCGCUGGCAGAGAGAGGAGAGGCUGCGUGAGCAGGAAAUGGAGAAACUGGAGCGACAGAGGCUGGAGACCAUCCUCACUCUGUGUGCAGACUAUAAUCACGAGGACAGUGCUGCGGAGCUGGCUGAGGUGGUGAGGAGUGGGCUGCUGGGGGGCGCUAGAGGAACCUGCUCCGACACAGAAGGAGGGAUGUCCCUUCAGGGAGUAGACAGACCCCAGAGGGUGAGAGAGAACGAUGAGGAGACCCAGAGAGAGGAGUCUAGCAGCACAGAGAGCACACAUCAAGAGGAGCUGUUAGCCGGUCAGGAGCAGGUGUACCUGGAGGAGGAGAGGAGCAGGAUCCUGGCCAGGGUUGAUGACAUGAAGUACAGAGUCAGUGAACUGGAGCUGCAGCUACAAGAGACCAAACAGGAGGUGGAGAUGGAGCAAGCCCUGCUGCAGGCAGAGCGGCGGGCAGAGCAGGAGCAGGUGGAGGCUGAAAAUGAAAUCCUCUCUCAGCUGCAGCUCAAACUCAGCCAGCUGGAAAAGGCCACCCAGAAAGAGAAGGACAAGGUGAGGGCUAAUGUGUCGGCUGAGCGGAAGGCCCUGGAAAAGCAGAGGAAUGAGUACAAUGAGCUGAAGAGGCAGUUUGAUAAGUGCCCCUUGUCUCUAAGGGAACAGUUACAGGAGCAGCUCAGCAGGAAAGCUGAAGCUCUGGAGUCUGGGACCAAGCAGUUUGAGGAGCUGGAGUUCUGCCAGCUGGAGGAGGAGAGCAGUCUGGAGGAGAAGAAGGAGAGUCAGAGCUCGCAGCUUCUCCAAGAGCGAGCCGAGUAUCACUGCAGCGUGGCCAAGAGGAAGGAGAAGAUAGCCACUAUGGAAGCUCAGGUAAAGCAGCUGGGGCUACAGGCGGCUCAAGACUGUGAGAGGAUGGCUAAGGACAGGACAGUGACUCUGCAGCUGCUACACAAGGAGCAAGACAGGUUGUGUGCCCUGGAGAAAAAGUACCACACCUUGACAGGAGGGAGAAACUUCCCAAAGCCUAACAGAAGUAUGAAAGAGGACUUUCUUCACAUCAGCGAACCUGACCUUGUUUAUGUGGACGGCCCUCCUCAUAGCCCCUGUCCCUCCUCUACCUCCUUCUCCUCCUCUCACAUCCCCUCCCCUGAACUCUAUCCUGUUAGGCUGCAGGAGGAGUACCUCAGGCUCUCUGAUGUCUAUAAAAUGUAUGGAAAUGCUGCUAUGCAACCUCGCUCUUCUUCCCCUGCUGCUCUCCACUGCCUCUCCCUCGCUGUAGCUCCAGCUCUGCCAUGUGAGGAGUACAUUACAGUCAGUCAGUUAAGCCAGAUCUUUGGGAUGCAGAGAGUUGAUCCCUCCUCUUCUUCCUCUAUUCCAUCAUUCCAACUUGCCUCCUCUCAAUCCACCUUCUCAUGCCACUCAACUGCACGUGGUCCUUCCUCUUUACUCUCUGCGCAGAGCCAGCCUGAGCUGAGUAGGAAUGCAAUGCCUCCUAUUAACCUGGAGCGCUGGUACCAGGACAUCAUGGCUGCUGGAGAACCUCAGUCAUGUCCUCCACCACUGCCUGCAAAGUCUUUUUCCACACGCAGACACAGUCAGUUAUUGAAGUCCAAGUCAGAUGGUGAGGUUGGGCAGGCGGCAUCAUGCACACUGCCACACUCCAGUGGUGCUGCUCAUGAGAAAAAUGCAUCCACGAAGGGGUUACAGUUAAUGCUGAGAGAGAUGUCAAACCCAUUAGACAUGGACCCCAGGAGGCAGCUCGCUCUGCAGAGCAAAGAUCUGUCUCCCACAGUCCAUCACUCCAUCCUGCAUCAUCAGUCGCCACCGAGUGGCAACCAAGCGUACGACACCCUGAGCCUGGAGAGCUCAGACAGCAUGGAGACCAGCGUCUCCACCGGCAACUCCGCCUGUACCCCAGAAAGUGCCUGCGGGUUAGAGGCCCAGAGGAUAGAAGAGAUGGAGAAGAUGUUAAGGGAGGCGCAGCAGGAGAAAGCCAGGCUGAUGGAGAACCGAGAGAGAGAGGUGCAGGCUCGGCGGCAGAUGUUGGAGGAGGAGCGGAGGAGGCGAGAGGAGGCCGAGAGGAGGCUUCAGGACGAGACGGCCCACAGGCUGAGGCUGGUGGAGGAGGAGGUGAAGAUGAGAGAGAAACACUUCUCCCAGGCCCGUCCAAUGACGCGCUAUCUGCCGAACCGCAAAGAGGAGUUUGACCUGCGAGCCCACGUGGAGUCGUCCGGCCACAGCAUAGACACCUGCCCCUUCGUCAUCCUCACAGAGAAGAUGUGCAAGGGCCACCUGGUGAAGAUGGGCGGCAAAAUCAAGUCGUGGAAGAAACGUUGGUUCGUUUUUGAUCGCAUCAAGAGGAACUUCUGUUAUUACGUGGACAAGCAUGAGACCAAGCUGAAAGGGCUCAUUUACUUUCAGGCGAUUGAGGAGGUUUAUUAUGAUCACCUACGCAGUGCCACGAAGAGCCCCAACCCAUCUUUGACCUUCUGUGUGAAAACCCACGACCGCCUCUACUACAUGGUGGCCCCGUCCCCGGAGGCCAUGAGGAUCUGGAUGGAUGUCAUAGUAACGGGCGCUGAGGGCUACACACAGUUCAUGAGCUGAGGGACCACUGGGUUACAGAUUGGGAGGAUGACAGGGGCUGAGCGAGCGACCCAGACACCUGCAAGCCAACCUGAGCUGCUGCCUGCCGGAGCUGAAAUACAGGACACAUGGCCUGACGGUGUGUAACGGAUGGACAUUUGAAGAGAUGAAUCAUCUGGGGCUCUCACAAAAAAGCCUGAUGCCUACGAGCAAAUGAGGGCUUAGUAAUGACAGAGGUGGAUUUGAAAGAAUUUCUGAGUUGUAUUUAUCUUUCAGCCACUAAGAGAAGGGAAAUAGUUUGAGCGACCUGUCAAUGGCUCUGUGAAGGGAGCUCUCAAUUAGAUCAAUCCCAUUCUGUUACCAAAAUGUAUUAUUAAUAAUGACAACAUUUUUGAGGUUUCAGGAGGAACACGUCUUACUUCAUAUAAGCUCAAACUGUUUCCACCUCUGAAGCCUAUCUAUGCAUGCAGUGUUAUCACUCUAACAAUGCCUUUUUUUUUUCUUCCUCUUUUUGAUACAUUUGUACUUUUUCCUCUUGAGUUGAACUUUUCUCAGAUGAAAAAAGAAUCUCUUGAUUCUUCAAAACUAAAACGUGAACACAUUUUACGAGCAAAUAUUCUAAAAAAUAUUUUUAAAAAGAGUCAUAUGUUACUUAUUCUAUUAAACAUUACUUGGUGCCAAAUACUUCUACAUGUAAUGUUUUGUCCGAUUUUUUAAAAUACAAAUGUUAAUACCUAUAUAAUGUUUUAUUCAGGCAUAAAACACAGCAUUAAUCUGUCUGUAUUUUACAUAAAUAUGUCAAAGAAAACUUUCUAUUAGCAUUUUAACAAAAGUCAUAAAUUAUAGUCCUAUAAUAAUAUUGUACCUUGUACCAUGUACAUGUAAUGAAUAAAAAUAUAUGAUGCA